AUGAAGAGAAAUCCCUUCCGGUCACUUGUGCUUCCACCUACAGAAGAUGUAGAGACAUGGAUAAAAUUCGCCUCUCUUUGCCGUAAAAGUGGUAAAAUCAGCCAAGCUAGAUCAACUUUGACUGAACUAUUACAGUUUGAUCCAGAUUUAACCCCUGAAACUGAACGAUAUAUUGGGGACCCUCAAGUUAUUCUAGCUUAUUUGAAAUAUCAAUGGUCACUCGGGGAGGAUCAUAGACGCAAAGAAGCUUUCGCAAGACUAAAGGAUUUGGCUGUUGACUUCCCAAGAAUGCCUGGUUUUGAACAAUCCAUACAGUCCGGAUUUAUGGGUACCUCGAGUAUUCCUUUCGCUGCUCGUGUUUAUCUAAAGUUAGGAACUUGGCAGUGGGCACUAUCCCCUUGUCUGGAUGACGACUCUAUACAAGAAAUUCUCAAUGCAUUACGUAAUGCAACUCACGGUGCAACAACUUGGGCAAAAGCUUGGCACAAUUGGGCACUUUUCAAUACGGCAGUUAUGUCUCAUUACACUUUGAGAGGUCAUCCGAACGUUGCUGGGCAGUUUGUUGUCGCUGCUGUCACUGGAUAUUUUCAUUCUAUAGCUUGUGGGGCACAUGCUAAAGGAGUGGAUGAUAGUUUACAGGAUAUCCUUCGUCUCCUAACUCUGUGGUUCAACCAUGGAGCCACAUCAGAAGUUCAGGUGGCACUACAGAGAGGAUUUUCACUAGUAAAUAUAAACACAUGGUUGGGUGUUUUGCCCCAAAUAAUUGCCAGGAUACAUUCUAAUAACCGUGCAGUGAGAGAACUGAUACAAGCACUGUUGGUACGAAUUGGCCAGAGCCAUCCACAGGCUCUUAUGUACCCUCUUCUUGUGGCCUGCAAAUCUAUUAGCACUUUGCGGAAGGAGGCAGCUAAAGAAGUGGUUGAUCAAGUUAGGCAGCACAGUGGGGUGCUAGUGGAUGAGGCCCAACUUGUAUCUACGGAGUUGGUUCGAGUUGCUAUACUUUUGCUUGAAAUGUGGCAUGAAGGAUUAGAAGAGGCAAGCCGCUUAUAUUUUGGCGAACGUAACUUUGAGGCAAUGAUGACUGUUUUAGAGCCAUUGCACCAAAUGCUCGAGGAAUGUGCAAUGAGGAACAAUAACACCAUAAACGAGAGAUCCUUCAUUCAGCAAUACCGUCAAGAACUUUUGGAUGCCCACGCAAGCUGCAUCAGAUACGCAAGAAGUGGAAAAGAUGCAGAAUUAACUCAGGCUUGGGAUCUUUAUUACCAUAUGUUUAAGCGAAUGGAUAAGCAGCUUCAGUCUCUCACCACCCUGGACUUGCAGUCUGUCUCUCCAGAAUUGUUACAGUGCCGUGACCUAAAACUUGCUAUCCCUGGAACUUAUAAACCAGAUUCUCAUGUGGUGACUAUCGGAUCAUUUGCUCCCCAGCUUACUGUCAUCACUUCCAAGCAACGACCUCGUAAGUUGACAAUACAUGGAAGUGAUGGUGAAGAAUAUGCUUUCUUGUUGAAGGGACAUGAAGAUUUACGUCAGGAUGAACGUGUGAUGCAGCUUUUCGGUUUAGUAAAUACGCUGCUGGCUAAUUCUAGAAAAACUGCCGAGAAGGAUCUGUCCAUCCAAAGAUAUGAGGUCAUUCCACUAUCUCCCAACAGUGGCCUCAUAGAAUGGGUACCAAAUUUUGAUACAUUGCACCAUCUCAUUCGGGAGUACCGAGAUGCCAGAAAGAUCAGCAUAAACCAUGAACAUAAGCUAAUGAUUGGUUUUGCUUCGGAUUAUGAUCGCUUGCCCAUUAUAUCAAAACUCGAGGUGUUUGAGUACGCCUUGGAAAAUACAGACGGAAAUGACCUUUCAAGGGUGCUCUGGCUAAAGAGUCGCACUUCAGAGAUCUGGUUGGACAGGAGGACCAACUACACAAGAAGCUUGGCUGUUAUGAGUAUGGUCGGUUAUUUGCUUGGCCUGGGCGAUCGGCAUCCGAGCAACCUCAUGCUGCACCGUUAUAGGUAUAUUCAUGCCAUUAUCUGUGAUUUAUUUUUAUAUUAUAGUUUUGCACUUAUUCAGAUGAAUUACUUUGACAGCGGGAAGAUAUUGCAUAUUGAUUUUGGAGAUUGCUUUGAAGCUUCAAUGAACCGAGAGAAAUUCCCUGAGAAGGUCCCUUUCCGUCUGACUAGAAUGCUUGUUAAAGCAAUGGAGGUCAGCGGUAUUGAAGGAAACUUCCGCUCGACAUGCGAAAGUGUCAUGCAGGUUUUGCGCACAAAUAAGGACAGUGUGAUGGCAAUGAUGGAGGCUUUUGUGCACGACCCGCUGAUAAAUUGGCGCUUGAUUAACUUCAAUGAAGUUCCACAAGUGCCUACUCUUGCCCAGCCCGCUGCGAAUGCUGUUAUAUGA